AGGCAUCCCCGCGCGCCCUUCCUCCUCCUCUUCCUCCUGCUGCUGCUGCUCCGGCUUCGUGGCUGCGGGAGCGAGGCGAGGCGAGGCGAUCCCGGGUUGUGCGCUCUAGGCAACCCCGGCUUGGAAAGUUGGGCUCUGGGCUGCCGCCGCCGCCUCGCCUUCUGCCUGCUCCGGGGUGGCCCUCGCGGCUGACCGCCUGCCGCUGGUGCCAGGCGGAGGGAGGGAGAGAGGGAGGGAGGGAGCAGCGCCGCCGCCGCCGCCCUGCCUGCGGAUCAUGGACAGCAAGCCCUUGCUCCAGGACCGGCCGCCAGCCUACAGCCCCGCGGGCGGCGGCGGCGCAGGAGGCUACGAGUACGGGCCCAACACCUACGGGGCCAUCCCUGCCCCCCAGCCGGGCUUCCAGGCGCCGCCGCCCUACACGUACCCCGCGGGUCCUGGCGCAGGAUAUGCUGUUCCUUCAGGUCCGUCUCCGCAUAACUAUCCCAAUACCACGUACACGAUAAUCCAGCAGCCCACCACCACCACGUCUGUUGUCGUUGUUGGCGGCUGUCCAGCUUGCAGAGUUGGCGUAUUAGAAGAUACCUUCACCUGCCUUGGUGUUUUCUGUGCCAUUUUUUUCUUCCCUAUUGGAAUACUCUUCUGUCUUGCGUUGAGACAACGAAGAUGUCCUAACUGCGGUGCGACAUUUGGUUAAGGGAUCAACACAAAUAGGCUUUUGGAAGCUUGUAUCUAUUGUAGUACCUUUUUUCUAAUGUAAAUGUCCUGUACAAUCAUGUUUUUGCUUCUGAGCUGAUUUUGUAUAAGUGCGACGAAACUAGUUUCUCUCUCGCUUGCAUGUAAAACUGAUCUAUGAGCAUGUCUGCUACAAGACACAAAUCCCACCUGGCUUUGUGUGUUAAAUGCACCUUUUUGGAAAUUUAAAUAAAAGUGCUUUUUGCAACUUCA